AUGGGUAGUAGACUAGUUUUUGCAAUUUUCCUCGGGGGGAACUGUCUCUCUCUGCUGCUGCUCUCUAGCUUGAUCGAUGCAAAUCAGAAAAACAUAGAUUGCUUGCUCGCCAUAAAAUCUCAGGUUGAAGAUCCAAAUGAUUAUUUAUCGAGUUGGGCAUUUAUCAACCAGACCGAAGGGUUUAUCUGCAAGUUCACUGGUGUCACUUGCUGGCAUGAUGAUGAGAACAGGGUUUUGAGCAUUAAGCUCGGUGGUUUUGGUCUCAGUGGAAAGUUUCCUCUUGGGAUUAAGCAAUGUUCUGAUUUGACAGGUCUAGAUCUUUCUAGAAAUAACUUCUCUGGACCUUUACCAUCCAACAUAACCGACUUGAUUCCACUUGUUACAACUCUCGACCUCUCCUACAAUCAAUUCUCUGGUCCAAUCCCUCCCACUGUCUCCAACAUUACCUUUUUGAACACGCUUAUGCUCCAGCAUAACCAGUUUACCGGUACGCUUCCUCCCCAGCUUGUGCUACUUGGACGCCUCAAUAAGUUUUCUGUGGCCGACAAUCGACUCACAGGUCCUGUUCCAAAUUUCAACGGCUCCUUGCACUUUGGACCCGAUAGCUUUGCUAAUAACCCUGGUUUGUGUGGUCGGCCUCUGGAUCCAUGUGAAGCUUCCACUGGCUCUCGUGGUAAAGUUGUUGUUGCAGCGGCAGUUGGUGGAUUGACUGUCGCAGCAUUAGUCGUUGGGAUUGCUUUGUUCUUCUACUUCCGUAGAAUGGCUGUUGUCCGGAAGAAGAAUGAUGAUCCUGAAGGAAACAAAUGGGCAAAGAGCUUGAAAGGACAGAAAGGCGUUAAGGUUUUCAUGUUUAAGAAAUCGGUUUCAAAGAUGAAAUUAAGGGAUCUUAUGAAGGCAACAGAGGAGUUCAAGAAAGAUAAUGUCAUUGGAAAAGGAAGAACAGGAACUAUGUACAAAGGAGUGCUUGAAGACGGGACUCCGCUUAUGAUAAAGAGGUUGCAGGAUUCUUUACGCUCUGAGAAAGAGCUUGAAUCAGAGAUGAAUACUUUGGGGUCUGUAAAACACAGAAACUUGGUCCCUCUCUUGGGCUAUUGUGUUGCAAAGAAGGAGAGGCUUCUGAUAUACGAGCACAUGCCAAACGGCUACCUUUAUGAUAAUUUACAUCCCGCAGAUGAAGAAUCCUCCAAGCCCAUGGAUUGGCCUUCAAGGCUGAAAAUCGCGAUUGGGGCGGCAAAAGGAUUGGCGUGGCUUCAUCACAGCUGUAACCCGAGAAUCAUCCAUCGCAACAUAAGCUCAAAGUGCAUAUUGUUGACUGCAGAUUACGAGCCCAAGAUCUCGGAUUUUGGUCUAGCUAGGCUGAUGAACCCAAUUGAUACCCAUUUAAGCACAUUUGUCAAUGGGGAAUUUGGGGAUUUCGGUUAUGUUGCCCCCGAGUACUCAAGAACCAUGGUUGCAACUCCAAAAGGAGACGUCUACAGCUUUGGGGUUGUGCUUCUAGAGCUAGUAACAGGCCAAAAAGCAACAAGUGUGACAAGAGAAUCUGAAGAAGCAGAGGAAGAAAGCUUCAAGGGUAACCUUGUGGAAUGGAUAACAAAGCUAUCGAGUGAGUCAAAACUGCAGGAAGCGAUUGACAGGUCUUUACUUAGGAAGAGUGUGGAUGACGAGAUCUUCAAAGUGCUCAAAGUAGCAUGCAACUGCGUUCUACCGGAAGUACCAAAGCAGAGGCCUACCAUGUUUGAAGUGUAUCAGCUUCUGAGGGCCAUUGGGGAGAGCUACAAUUUCACCACGGACGAUGAUAUCUUAGUUCCAUCUGAAUCCGGAGAAGCUGACUUCAUCGAAGAGCUGAUAGUUCGAUGA